AUGGCCCCCGCCGCCACAGCCAUAGCCACAACAACAUCACCCAUCCCCCAAACCCAAACACCCUCUCCCGCCUCCCCGGUCCCAAUCGUCGACUUCGGCCCCUUCCUCUCCGCCAGCGCCACACCCACCUCCCGCCGCUCCGUCGCCACCGACAUCGACGCCGCCUUCCGCAGCGUCGGCUUCGUUUACCUCACCAACCACGGCAUCCCGCAGCAGGAGAUAGACGCGUGCUUUGCCUGGAGCAAGCGCUUCUUCGCCCUCCCCCCCGCCACCAAAGCACUAGCACCACACCCCCCCACCGGCGCCCAUCACAGAGGGUACAGCGCGCCGGCCACCGAAAAGGUAACGCAGCACACGUACACCUCGUCAGACAUCACCUCUGCCCGCACAGUCCCGGACGUCAAAGAGUCCUUCGACAGCGGAAACCCCGCCGACGAACGCCAGCCCAACAUCUGGGCCCCAGAGGACGUGCUUCCCGGCUUCCGCGCAGCCCAAGAGCGCUUCUUCGCCCUUUGCGCCCAGCUCGUGCACCGCGUCCUCGAGGCGCUGGGCACGGCGCUCGCGCUACCUGAUGAGCGCGACCUCAGCAACGCGCAUGCCGCCAGCGCGUUCCAGUUGCGGCUGCUGCACUAUCCGCCUGUGGCUGUGCGCGCGCUGAGAGAGGGCGUGAAAGCGCGCAUAGGUGCGCAUUCGGACUUUGGGAGCUUGACGGUGCUGUUUCAGGAGAGUGGUGGCGAGGAGGAGGUUGGGGGGCUGGAGGGGGAGGAUGGUGAAGGAGAGAGGCGCUGGCGGCCCGCGCCCCCGGUUCCUGGCGCCGUGCUCGUGAACAUCGGGGACCUGAUGGAGCGGUGGAGCAAUGGGCGGUGGCGGAGCACGAUGCACCGGCCGUGGGAGGGGGCACGGAGCGAAGUGGACGGUCCAGAGACAGACGGCGUCGACGGCGAAGAAUUGUGCGCGCCAAGGUACUCGAUCCCGUUCUUUGCGGCGCCGGACGACGAUGCCGUUAUUGAUGCGCUGCCGGGGUGCUGGGGCGAGGAGAGGCCGAAGAAGUUUGAGGCUGUGACGGCGAGGGAGUAUGUGACUAUGCGCAUGAACGCGCUUUAUUGA